GACCUAUGAGAUUCUCUAUUCUCAGGUGUAGCCUCAUAAAGGCAAGAGGAAAAUUUGUCUUUUCUGCUUCCUUCCUGGAAAGAUGCAAAAUGCUUUAGUAGGAUCCUGGCACAACACUGGCUUUUAUGGGCACUACAGAGGCCAAUUCAGGAGUGAAAGUGCUCGAGAAUACCGCCUUGCAGCCAAGCCCCAGCCUCCAGCAGUGUUCCUGCGACGAUGUCAGGAGCCAGCACAGAAACACUUCUUCUCCAAGCAUGACAACCGUACUUCCUUUGACAAAGGCCCCUACUGCCUGCUGCAGGGAAUCGGAAGGCGGAAAGAUCUGGAGCACCUGGGGCAGCAGCACAACUUCCUGCACUGGGCACCCUGUGAGCUGGAGUUGAGCCAGGAGCGGCCCCUUGAAUCCUCCUACCAGGCCAAUUUCCGGUCAGGCCCUGGACUCAGAGACCUCCCCCAGCGCCUUGUCCACUUUGUGCAGAUCCAGCCUCCCUGUGCCAGCACCACCUACCGGGAGAACUUCUGCCAACCAUCCCAGGGUGGCCACUGUGGCAGCAACAAUGUGGGACCAGUCACCAACACACUGCCUGACCUCCCAGGGAUCCCAAGACCCAAACUGCUGCAGCAUUACCUUCAUGCUGGGGUCUCUGAGUGUCUAAACUGGUCCAGUGCAUUAAACUAGGAUGGCUGACA